AUUGCACCAGAUAUGACUGUCUGCAUAUCCUAGGGUAGCCUAAAGGAAGGACACGAUGUCAGAAUAACAUACAAAAAGUUUGUGAGGGCACGUCCAGAAAACCAUGCAGUCAUCGGGGCACAGGUUCCGCGAUGUCGAGCACCACCCGCUGCUUCCCGAAAAUGACACCUACGAUUCCUCCUCCUCCGAGGCCGACAUGGCAGAGAGGGUCUGGUUCAUCCGCGACGGCUGCGGGAUGGUCUGCGCUAUCAUGACGUGGCUCCUGGUGGUCUAUGCAGACUUCGUAGUGACUUUUGUCAUGCUGCUGCCUUCCAAAGACUUUUGGUACUCCGUGAUCAACGGCGUUCUCUUUAACUGCUUGGCAGUGCUGGCUUUGUCAUCUCAUCUGAGAACUAUGCUAACUGAUCCAGUAAGUAUGCGAGCGCUCCCCAGCACUGCCGUGGCCCUCGUAUAUGCAGCGAUCCUCUCUGCUACAAAAGUCUCCUUUCCUUUCCUUUCCUGCAGCAUUUGCAAGCGAUGUAUUCGAAAGAUGGAUCACCACUGCCCGUGGGUGAAUAACUGCGUGGGUGAGAAAAAUCAGAGAUUUUUUGUUCUGUUUACGAUGUAUAUAGCCCUAAUUUCAGCUCAUGCGCUCAUACUGUGUGGGUUUCAGUUUUUCUCCUGUGUCCGAGGGCAGUGGACUGAAUGCAGUGACUUCUCCCCACCUGUAACUGUGAUCCUGAUGAUCUUCUUGUGCCUUGAGGGUUUUCUGUUUCUCACUUUCACUGCAGUCAUGUUUGGCACCCAAAUUCACUCAAUAUGCAAUGAUGAAACGGAGAUUGAAAGACUCAAGAGUGAAAAGCCAACAUGGGAGAGGAGGCUACGCUGGGAAGGAAUGAAGUCUGUUUUUGGGGGGCAGCCCUCGCUCCUGUGGAUCAAUCCUUUUGCAGGAUUUCGAAUCAGGCGACUUCUAUUGAGAGCAAAGAAAGGAGGACCUGAGUUUUCUGUUUGAGUUUAAUUAUGCUGGAACUUGCAAGAAUACUAUAUAAUAUUUAUUUGGGGCCAGAAAGGCUGUCUACAUAUAAUCUGUGACCAGGUGAAACUGAUACUGGACAUUUGCUUGUAGCAAGCAGAGUUUUAUACGUUUGUCACAGACAUCUCAUUAACUUUCAGAGACACAAACUGGAUCUGUAAUGGUCUUAACAACAAGAUGACAAAGGAAAAGCACGUGGUCACACUAAAGAAGCCAAAUGUCAUGCUACUGUAAUUUAUUUUAUGAGAUUAAUUAUGCAUUUUUUGUUAAACCCUUUUUAUUUGGUAAUGUUUGGGGACUUACUGAGUGUUUUUAUAAAAAAUUAUGUACUUAAGUGCAGUUGUCAAUCAUAAGAAAGAGCAUUAUUGUGAAAGUUGAUCUCAAAUGAGACCCAGCCUUCUAAAUCCAGUUUUCAGGGAAUAGCAGUUUGUUCAAUUUUAAUUUAUAUUUCAGCUUGUCCUAAUGAACAGAGCUGUACUUGUGUCCCACUCCAGACACACAUUCCUCAUAUGCAGGUGAUUCAAGGGACUCGUGCACAUGGCAGCAUAGCCCCUCAGAGGCACUGUUACACUCCUGCCAAACGUCUUCCCAGGCUCACAAAAGCAUGUUUUGUGUUUGGCAUUACUGAUCUCAUAUGGCACUGAGGUAAGUUCUAAAUGUUCAGUGAACAAGGCUUUUAACUGACAACUACGGGCCAAAUUCUG